CUUUAAUUGACAUCUUUUUAUUCAAUGCGCAAAAACUGUCUAAUUGUAGUCUCGAGCUGUAAAAAAUUUUAAUGCGCUUCAUUUUUUCAUACUUUUUUUAAAUAUUAAACUCAAAUUACCCUUUCGGUUAUAACUAAAAUGAGAAAGGUAGCAGAUUUAUCAUAUUUCAUUAUUUUUGCAAUCAGUAUAAUUUUUGUACAGUUUAUACAAGUUAAAUGUAAUAAUGAAUAUCAGCUUCAAAGCCACUUGAUGUCCAGUUAUAAUAGGUUGGUUCGACCAGCGAUGAGUCACACUUUACCUGUCAACAUAACUUUCGGCGCCGCCCUCUAUCAAAUGGUGAAUUUUGAUGUUAAGAAAGAGACCAUCACUAACUUGAUGUGGCAGCGAGUUUUCUGGACCGAUCACUUUUUGAAGUGGGAUCCGAGCGACUUCGGAGGUAUUGAAGCGACUCGGUUCCUACAGAAGGACAUCUGGAUACCAGACUUGCUACCCUAUAAUGAUGUAGGAGUCUAUGACAUGACGAAGAAUAGUCUGACAGUACCUCUGUCUGUUACUUACGAGGGAAAAGUAUCGUGGCUGGUUCCAGUUACCAUGGAGACCAUUUGCAUGAUGGACGUGACUAACUUUCCCUUCGAUAGUCAGCACUGCUUGAUUGAAUUGGGGUCGUGGCAGUACAAUGCGAACGAGGUGGACAUCGCGUGUGAGUCGGACGCCUUCGACACUUCUCCCUACAUACACCACACUCAGUGGCAGCUCAAAGACACCUCGUGUAUACGACACGAAGCCACCUACUCUACAGGCAGAUACAGCUCCCUAGUGUUCAGCAUGACCUACGAGCGACUGUUUUCCUUCUACAUCCGCAAUCUCAUCCUCCCAAACGCAGUCCUCCUUUUCCUCAGUGGACUCACAUUCUUCAUCCCCUGUGAACUCGGAGACAGAGUCGGGUACGGGGUCACGGUCACUUUGGCUCUCUGUGUCAACCUUAUCAUAGUCAUCGACUUCAUCCCAGAGACCUCGAAGACGAUCCCAAACGUCUGCAACUACUUUUUAGUGAGUAUCUUCCUAUCCGGAGUGUCACUGAUUAUGGCCACAGUUUCAAUCAAUCUCAACUGGAUUUACAGCAACAUACUACCCAAAAUUAAAAGAAAAGCUACAGACCAGAAAAAUGCAGCUCUGGAUGAACCAAUGGAAAAUAAAUCGGGUAGUUUGGGAAAUGAUGAAGCGGGCCAGGGAGUCUUCGAUAUCCUCCCAAAUUCGAGAACCCAACUUCGCAAACCUGCUUUCGGCAAAGUGAACGACGAAGAUUCUUCUUCGCCACGUGACUGCUGCGCCAUGGUGAACAUUAAGAUGAAGAGCUUCUUUAGCCGAAGUACCAUUAGGAAGAUCGAUGGAGUUUUGGGUGCAAUGUAUAUGAUAGGGUCCACUCUUUAUACUGUCCUGUUUUUGCUUUCACUUAAAUGAACUCUAAAAGCUUAGAUUGGCACAAUUCUUUCUGUACUAAAUAUCAUAUCGUCUCUUGUUGGUUUUUUGA